GGGAGAUCGGAUUCACGCCAUUAUCAAGAGGCCGCAGAUAGCAAUGUAUAAGCCUAAUAUUACAGAGAACAAAAUUUAUGCCAUAAGAAACUUUUUGGUGCUUGACAAUUACCAAACAGUGAAGACUACCAGUCAUCCCUACAUAAUUCAGUUCAUCUCAAAAACCCCGUUGAGGGAAGAUACGAAGACGGAAAUGCCUAUGAUGGUCUAUGAUUUUCAGCCUUUUGAUAUGUUGCAUGCCCAAAGAGUUAUCAACGACAAAACUCUAAUUGAUGUCAUUGGGAAGGUUCUUUCCAAGAGCCUUAUCCAGACCCACAUAAUCAAUGGGAGGACUGAUAGGCUAAUGGAGUUGACUUUGACAGACCCGGAGGGUAACAGAUUGGGCGCCGUAUUGU